UCUUGGACUGUCUUUUUGGUGGGAACACUGGUGUGCAUGUGGGGCACACUGCCGGGUGGGAGUUGCGGCGGUAGCGGCGGAGAAGGGGAUUUCUUCUAUGAGUCGAAGUGCUUGAAGGUGCCGGCGGCGGAGUUCGUGAAGUCGGUGAAGUUCACCAUGGACAGCAUCCGAAAUGUCAAUGCCACGGUGGCCAGGAUCGCCAGCGGUGUUCAGAACUCCGGGGAUUUCAGGCUCUCUACGGCGGUUUCCGACUGCCUGGAUCUGCUCGACCUCUCCGCUGACGAACUCUCUUGGACUGUUCAUGGUGAAAGAGAUAAUAGGAGCGGCACCGGGAAGGCGAGCGAGGAUUUGAGGACAUGGCUGAGCGCCGCCAUGAGCAACCAACAGACGUGCAUAGAAGGAUUCGACGGCACAAACAGCACCGUCAAGAAUGACGUGGCGGGAUGCGUCGGCCAGAUAAGCUCCUCCGUCCGGGAGAUCCUCGACAACGUCCUCCCGGCGGAAUCCCGCCGCAAGAACUCCGGCAAAGGCAAGCACAGCCGCCACAAGUCAAGAAAGCUAGGGAUGAUGGUGAGCGGCGGGCAGGACUUCCCGGAGUGGCUGAACCACGAUGACCGGAGACUCCUGCAGUCCGCCGCCGGUGUGCUGAACCCGGACGCGGUGGUGGCGCUCGACGGCUCCGGGAACACCACGAGCAUAAUGGCCGCCGUCUCUGCCGCCCCUGAUUCUGUGAGCGGGAAACGUUAUGUGAUACACGUGAAGAAGGGAGUUUACACAGAAAACGUGGAAAUUGGCAAGAAGAAAUGGAAUAUAAUGAUGAUCGGAGACGGCAUCGGCGCCACCGUUAUUACCGGCAAACGGAGCGUUGUCGACGGUUGGACCACUUACAGGUCUGCAACAUUCGCGGUGAAAGGCAGGGGAUUUAUCGGACGGGAUUUGACGAUCGAGAACACGGCGGGGCCGCAGAAGCACCAAGCGGUGGCACUCCGAUCAGAUUCCGAUCUGUCGGUGCUGUACCGGUGCGCCAUCACCGGCUACCAAGACACCCUCUACGCCCACGCGAUGCGCCAGUUCUACCGGGAAUGCCACAUCUCCGGCACCGUCGACUUCAUCUUUGGCGACGCCACCGUCGUCUUCCAGAGCUGCCAGAUCCAGGCGAGGAAGGGCCUGCCGGGGCAAAAGAACACCAUCACCGCCCACGGCCGGAAAGAAUCGUCGGAGCCCACCGGAUUCUCCAUCCAGUUCUGCCAAAUCACGGGGGACCCGGAGCUGACGGCCGCCGGAAAGGCCAGCGAAACGUUCCUCGGCCGGCCGUGGAAGCCCUACUCCCGGACGGUGGUGAUGCAGUCGUUCUUGAGCGCUGUGAUCAGUCCACGUGGAUGGCUGGAAUGGAACGGGAAUUUCGGGUUGAAUACUCUGUUCUACGGGGAGUACAUGAACUACGGACCCGGAUCCGGGUUGGGAAACCGGGUCAACUGGACGGGUCACCACAUUAUCAAGGACUACAAUCAGGCCAACGAGUUCACGGUGGCUAAGUUUAUUGGCGGCAACACCUGGUUGCCGUCGACCGGAAUCAAAUACGCCGCCGGUCUCAAGGAGGUGUGAUUUUUCACCCACUUACAUAUACGAGUAUACACUUUCUUCAUUGUGAUUACUUUGGGGUUUAUCUUUUCUUUUUCUCUUUUACAUUUGUGAUUCAUUGGUUCAUUUGGUUGUAAAUUGUGUUGGUGACAUGUUUAUUGUAUACCUUGAAAUGUUUUUUGUUUUCAAUAUAUUGUGAUGGAAUAAAAAGUGAAAAUUUGU